AUGGGACACGUCACCGCUUCUCGGCGCAUCUCGCCACGUGGCAGUCCGCCGAAUUUGCGGAGAACACCGCCGAAAAUUCGCAAAAUUCUCGUGCUGAAACAGAAGGUUUGAGGGGGAAAAUCGAUAGAAAUAAUAGUCGUAGUGUAUUCAUGGAAAUUGUGAAAUUUUUAGAGAGCCGCAGAGAGCACAGAGAAUCCGGUCAUGGACGAGCUACUGUUGUCGUCGAAGUUAAAGUGAGUGUCACGGAAAAUUGAACAGUGCAAAGUAGGAGGGGCUUUUUUGUUUAAAAAAUUGGUAUUCUUCAAAUGAAAGCCGCCCUCUCCUUUUUUUUUGAAUGUGCCCAAGAAAAUAAAAAUCAUAAUUUUGGCUCGAAAACCGUAAGAAACAGCGUUGCAGACGAGUAGACUCGGCGACGGGGAGCGUGUCUCCGCGGGUCGGAUCGGCAACUCCGGACGCCGCGUCGAAUGCUCCGAAUGCUCAGGCGCCGCCCACCUCUGCCCCGCCACGACAGGCCCAAAAAGCGCCGAAAACGCCGUAUGUGAUAUUGCCCGCCAGCGACACUUUCGAGAAGUUCCGGAAGACGAGCAGAGUGGCCGUCGAUAUCGGUAAGUCGAGUUUUUCAGGGCAAAAUCACUGUAUUCUCUGAAAGCACGAAAUUGAAUUGUUCAGGCGGAACCCUUAUAAAAGUGGUCUACUCGUCAGUGAUGGACGAAGAAUUGCCGGAAGAAUCGCUGAACGGAAACACUCGAAAGUACGCGUACGAGGACGGAAAACGAGUACUCGUCAACUUUAAGAAAUUCACCGAUCUCGAUCGAUUCAUCAAUUUUCUGAAAGAGGUAAAUCUAUUGAACAUUUAUUUUCACAAUGUUUUCUGUUUCUAAUUUUUCCAAAAAAUUUUUUGCCUAGUUCACAAGUGGUAUUAUUACAGCAUUCUGUGUUGUUAACUAAACCCCGUUCUUUCUGGUUUCAAAUUUUCAAAUUUCGUUUAUUCGGUUGAUUUAGUAAAAGUGCACAGUUUGAGCAUAGUUUUCGAAUAGAAGUAACACUGAAAAAAUGCAAAAAUAUCAGCGUAUUGGCAGGUGUGGACGGACCGUCAGCACGGCGACGUAAUCCACUGCACGGGCGGCGGAUCGUACAAAUAUUCGGAGAUCAUAAUGAAAGAACUCGGGGUCCGACUGCAAAGGACCGACGAAAUGCGGUCGCUCAUCUUCGGAGUCAACUUCCUUUUGAGCACCAACGUCGACGAGAGCUUCACAUAUCACCACGACGCCAUCGGACGCAACAAGUACGGCCGCCAGUUUACUGGAAUUUUGCUCAACAAAAGAAAGUGCAUUUACAGAUUCCAAUACCGUCCGAUCGCCGCCGACCUCAUCUACCCGUUCCUGCUGGUCAAUAUCGGCACGGGAAUCAGCAUUCUGAAGGUGGACUCGCAGACGAGCUACGAACGCGUGGGCGGAAGUUCGAUGGGCGGAGGAACGUUCAUGGGACUGGGCAGUCUGUUGACUCCCGCCAGGAGUGAGUUUCGACGCCGUUUGAGCAAGUUUAAGGGGAUUUAGAGAGAAAGAGAGACUUUUUUUUUAUGGAAUCGCAUUAUUCUUAUGCACACCACUAAUUCUAGUUCGUUCACGCAUUUCUCAUACAUUUCCGCAUAGUCAGUCAGUGUUUUUUUUCAUCGUCUACACAAAAAGGCAAUAAAAACAGCCGAGAAUUUAGCGUUUUUCGCAAAGAACUGAACACUUUUGAAUGGUUUAAAAAUGACCGUUUCCCAGAACUUGCAAAUUGUUGCGUUAAAAUUGCUGAGCAUUAUGUAUCGUAAUCCUCUUGUGUCAAAAACUUUUUCAUUAAUUUUCUGCUCCUCAAAUUCUUUACAGAGAUUCUUCGCCUCAGAGUUUUUGUAAAAACUGAAAAAUUUCCCGUUUCCCAAUCAGUUCUAUCAGUACCGUUUCACAGAGUUUCCAUUAUUUCGACUUUCAAUGUGUCGAGCACACUAAAAUUCAAAAUUCAAGUGAUUUUGCUGCCUUUCUCCACAAAAUGUUCAAUUUUUCGGAAUGAAAUUUGAAAGUUAAAUUUAAUCCGGUAGCCAGGUUCCACAAAAAAAAAGCUGUAAUUACAAUUUGCAGACUUUGACGAGCUGCUCGAGAUGGCGAAUCGCGGAGAUCACCGAAACGUGGACAAGCUCGUGUGCGACAUUUACGGAGGAUCCUACGAUGAACUCAAUCUCAAGGGCGACUUGAUCGCCGGAUCCAUGGCCAAGGUUCGUAAUUGGAAACGUCAGAAAAUGUCAAAUUUCCCUCUUUUUUUUCAGUGUAAUCGAUUCGGAGAAACGCCAAAAACACAAACGCACAAACCGGAAGACAUUGCAAAAUCACUGCUGCUCAUGGUCAGCAACAAUAUUGGACAGGUGAGACUUUUCUGAAAUAUGUCUGAAUGAGAGCUGUGCUUCAUCGAAAUCGAGUAGAAUCUCUUAAUUUUCGCUGAAAAAUGCAAAAUGUACGAGUUCAGAUGGCCUAUUUGUACGGAACGCGCUACAAUCUCAAGAGGAUAUAUUUCGGCGGCUACUUUAUUCGUCAGGAUCCGAUCACAAUGCGAACUCUCUCGUUCGCCAUCAAUUAUUGGAGCAAGGUACACGAAUGUUCACUUUUAAAAAAAUGUAUUGAAAAUGUUUGCAUUUUUAGGGCGAAAUCGAGGCGCUGUACCUGAAACACGAAGGAUAUCUGGGCGCGAUGGGCUCGUUUUUGGACGAGGACGGCAAAUUGGACGAAUAA